GGAGAAGGGGGGGAAAGGUUUUUCAAGUCGAAGGUGUGUUGGGGGAAAGUCCCUUGCUUCGGAGGGGGUUGUCUGGGAAUUGGCGAGUCGUCCUCAAGAACGUCUUCGUCUUUCCCGCAACAUUCCCAACCAAACCGAAUCGCGUCGAGCAAUUCGGUUCGGAAAUUGGGGUUCGGUGUGCACGUCGAAGGAGAGUUGCGAUCGUAUUGCUUCGACUCGCCAAUUUUGUUAUUAGACUUUCGCUGCAAUGGACAUCUUUUGUGCCACGAGUUGUAAUCACUGGACAGUAAAUUAAACACUUAUGUUGUAC